AUGGGCGUCACGUGGUCGCGCUGGCUGGACGUGCUGCACGGCGGCGAGUCGGAGGGCGUGCCGCCGCCCGUGCCGGCGAUGGUGCAGCGCGCGUUCGACCAGUACGCUGACGACAACGGCGUCAUGACCAGCAAGGCGCUGCUCAAGUUCUUCCAGGAGUUCCAGCAGGACAAGGUGGGGGGGAGUUCCAGCAGGACAAGGUGGGGGGGAGUUCCAGCAGGACAAGGUGCGGGGGAGUUCCAGCAGGACAAGGUGGGGGGGAGUUCCAGCAGGACAAGGUGGGGGGGAGUUCCAGCAGGACAAGGUGCGGGGGAGUUCCAGCAGGACAAGGUGCGGGGGAGUUCCAGCAGGACAAGGUGCGGGGGAGUUCCAGCAGGACAAGGUGCGGGGGAGUUCCAGCAGGACAAGGUGCGGGGGAGUUCCAGCAGGACAAGUACCUCUCGCCUCAUUCUCGCCCGCCUUCCCCGCAACCCAUCCUUCCCUUCCAUUAAGCCCUCCCUUUUCUUCCCUCCCGCACCCCCUCCCCCACUCCCUCCCCCCGUUUCCUCUGUCAUUUUACUCCCCGUGUGCGCGCAGGGCGUGCUGCACGGCCCCAUGGCGAACCUGCUGCUGUCCUUCCCCUCGUCCAGCGCCAAGCCCGCGGACGGCAUCCCCCAGGUGCACCGCAGCCGCUCGCACCGCGCGCAGCCGCAGGGGCACCGCCACUCGCGCACGCUGACGCGCUACUCGCUGACGCUGGGCGGAAGCCGCCUCAAGGGGCAGGCGGAGCCGAACGCGGACCACUUCCUGCACGUGCUGCUCGUCCCGCUGCUCACGCCCGCCUUCGCCAACCGGGUGAGUGCGGACAUGCGGUUACCGCUGUCGCACUACUACAUAUACACGGGGCACAACUCGUACCUGAAGGGCAACCAGCUGACCAGCGACAGCUCCGUGAAGCCCAUCGUGAAGGCGCUAAGGCGCGGCGUGCGCGUGAUCGAGCUCGACCUCUGGCCUUCCAGUGACAAGUCCGAGAUCCUCGUCAUGCACGGCGGCACGCUGACGCGGCCGGUGGGGUUUGGGGAGUGCAUAGGGGCGAUAAAGGAGCAUGCAUUCGCGGUGUCCGACUACCCCGUCAUCAUCACCCUCGAAGACCACCUCCCGCCCCCCCUGCAGGCCAUCGCUGCCCAGGCGAUGUGCGAGAUACUGGGCGACAUGCUGUACAUCCCUGAGGACGAGUCCCCCCAGGGCGACUUCCCCUCGCCCUACGCGCUGCGGCGCCGCAUCCUCGUGUCCACACAGCCGCCCAAGGGACCCAAGGAGCUCUCCACCGUCGUCGCCCCCGCCCCUGGGGGAUCCUUCCGGGAAGCUGCGGGGGCUGAAGCUUGCUCGCCCCGUUGCAUGUCCCCACGUGGUCGUGAUGCUGACGUGGCACGUGUCGACUCGGCUACUGAUGUGGCACAUGCUUCCACCUCUGCUGAUGUGGCACGUGCUUCUUCAUCUGCUGAUGUGGCACGUGCUUCCUCAUCUGCUGAUGUGUCAUGCGCUUCUUCAUCGGAUGAUGUGGCAAGUGGUCGUGUUGUUAAUGGUGUCGUUCGCACUCUACCUGCUGCUGACGUGGCAUGCAACUCCCAUGGUGCUGAGCUGGCACGGGGCCAGGCGGACUGGCUAUCCUUCAGAGACCUGGCAGAGGGGUCAUCAUCUGCAACGCUGGCUUCGGGUGCUGCUGCUGCUGCUGCUGCUGCUGCUGCUGCUGCUGCUGCUGCUGCUGCUGCUGCUGCACCCCCGCACUCACAUCCCCAACCAUCCUCGCAUGCACCUGCCAGCAACAGCCAGCUAUCGGGCAUAGAGGAGGUCGCGGAUGACCCAGGGGGAAGGGCAGGAGGCGCGGGGGCAGCGGGGGAAGGCAGUGCUGCUGAGGCAGGGGCAGCAGAAGGGGGCAGCGGGCGGGCGCGGGGGGGGCGGGAGUCCUUCUCCUUCCCGGUGGCAGCGGAGGGGGGCGAGGAUGGGGGGGAUGACCCCACCGUGGCGCUGGGGGCGGCACUGAGCAGGGGCAGCAGGCACCGCAGCAGCAGAGGCAGCCCUGUGGGGGGGUCAGGGGGGUUUUCUCGGCGCAGCAGAGGGAGUGUGUCGAGAGGCAGUGGCAGCGGCUUGGGGUGGGGCAGCAUGGGGCACAGCAUGGGGCAGAGCAGUGGGCAGUGGUCGGGGCGGUCGUUGCAGCUGCACCAGGUGGAUGAGACGCACCUCCACCAGGUGGAGGUGCAGUGGACGCAGGAGGACGCGGCGGAGGAGGCAGCAGACGACGCGCUGACAGCCAAGGUGCCGCAGUACCGGCGCCUCAUCUCCAUCCCGGGCGGCAAGCUCAAGGGCGGCAGCGUGGAGGAGGGGCUGAGCGCGGGGCAGGGCGAGGGGGUGCGGCGCAUCUCACUGUCUGAAACGCAGCUCGCCACUGCUGCCCGCUCCUCUCCCCACCUGCUGCUGAAGUUCACGCAGCGCCAUCUGCUGCGCAUCUACCCGUUUGGCCUGCGAGUCACGUCCUCCAACUACAACCCCAUGCAGGCGUGGCUGCACGGGGCGCAGAUGGUGGCGAUGAACAUGCAGGGGUACGGCCGCCCGCUGUGGCUCGUGCACGGCUUCUUCCGCGCCAAUGGCGCCUGCGGCUAUGUGCGCAAGCCCGCCUGCCUCAUGGGGACAGUGCAUGUGAUCCUGGGCACGGGGUGGUACACACGCUUCUCCCACAACAACUUCGAUGCUGGCGGGCCCAGCCUGCUCUGCCGGGUGGCGGUGGAGGGGGCGCCAGCGGAUGUUGCGGAGAGGCGGUUGGACAUACGGGUGGGCAACUGGAACCCCUGCUGGGACGACACGCCGCUGCUCUUCCCCCUCACCCUGCCGCACCUCGCCCUGCUCUGCUUUGAGGUCAAAGUGCUGGGCCUUUCGUCGUCCUGCUACCCAUUUUUUGACUAUCUUUUUGAGAGGAAUUUAUAUCAGGACGACUUUGGAGGGCAGGUGGUGCUGCCAGUGAUGGGCCUGAGGCCGGGCUUCCGCUGUGUGCCGCUGUACGACCGCAAGGGCAGACCCAUGGCCGGGGAGCAGGGCGAUGAGGCAGAGGGGCCACGGCUGCUGUGCCAGUUCGAGCUGCUGAAACCAGGGGAGGAGAAUGAACCGCAGGAUAGGGUUCCCAAGUCGUCCACUUGGACGGGAGGAGCUGCUAGCAGCAAGAUAGGCAAGUCUGAAAUCCAGGAGCUGGAAUCGUUGUGUAACAUUUGGGCGUGUGGUCAACAACUGCCCACGUGGUGGGCUGCCUUUAUUCCCGCGAAGCACCUCCAUGUCGCCACUCGUUCGCCACCACCACCUCAGCUUCACUCCCGCCACUGCUGUACCGCUGCGCCUGCGCUGAAUCGUGUGAAGUCUCUCCGUUCUGCGGCAUCUCCAGUUUUUCACCAGGUGCUUGCCUGGUCAGCACUGCUGACAGCCAUGGCGUCCUCUCUCGCAUGCCACGGAACCACGCCGCUGCUCGCGGAUUGCUCUGGCAACCAUCGAGGGUUGAAUAAUAAUGUCCCGCGUGCCUUAUAUCAGGCGAACCCGAAUGCACGGGGAAGGAAAGUCCAUGCAUUGACCUCCAGGCGUCGGGGGAGACAUCUCUCGUUCGCCUCGCUUCUGAGCGCUGGCAUCGCUGCUUCGCUGGAGAAGCGAGCACCGCCUCAACGCCGGGCUCUGGCAGUGAAAGCCGCUGCUGCCGCAGAUGGCGCUGAUGCGGAUGGCGCGGGAGCGGGAGCGGGCGAGGCAGCGCCCCCGCGGGUGGCGGCGGUGCUGUUCGACAUGGACGGCGUGCUGUGCGACAGCGAAGACCCCUCGCGCGAAGCCGCCGUCGCGCUGUUCGCGGAGAUGGGCGUGACUGUGACGGCUCAAGACUUCGUCCCCUUCAUGGGAACAGGGGAAGCCAACUUCCUGGGCGGUGUGGCGCGGGUGUAUGGAGUGGAGGGGUUUGAUGCGGACAAGGCUAAGAAGAGAUUCUUCGAGAUCUACAUUGACCGGUUCGCUCGCCCCGAUUCGGGCAUUGGCUUCCCCGGUGCACUGAAGCUAGUGGAGGAGUGCCGCGCGGCAGGGUUGAGAACAGCAGUGGCGGCCAGUGCGGACCGAGUGAAGGUGGACGCCAAUCUCGUAGCUGCAGGCAUCCCACAGGACAGGUUCGACGCCAUAGUAUCGGCGGACAAGUUUGAGCGCCUCAAGCCGGCGCCCGACAUCUUCUUCGCCGCCGCCAAGGAGCUGGGCGUGCCCACGGAUCAGUGUGUGGUGAUUGAAGAUGCUCUUGCGGGCGUGCAGGCAGCCACAGCUGCUGGCAUGAGGUCCAUAGCCGUGACCACCACCCUGUCAGCCGCCAGCCUUGCCGCUGGCCGCCCCGCUCUCAUUCGCCGAGACAUCGCUGACAUCAGCGUGGCUGACAUCAGCGUGGCUGACAUCAGCGUGGCUGACAUCAGCGUGGCUGACAUCAGCGUGGCUGACAUCAGCGUGGCUGACAUCAGCGUGGCUGACAUCACCUCUCUGCGCUACCCCGAAGACGAUGAUGAAGACAACGGCUCAUCUGGCGCUGCUGCUACGGCUGCCACAGCUGAUGCAGCACCAUUGUCUCCACCUGUGGCAUCAGGGGAGAGCAAGGGGCUGUGGGCGUCCAUAGAUGAGCCUCUUCCCCUGCCGGGCGGCAUGAGGGUGAUGCGGCGGGACGCCAUGCGCUACGCCAGCCUGGCCAUGGGGCUCGCCACCACCCCCUUCACCCUCCACAACCUCAAGGCGUUCUCCUACGCGUCCCCCAAGGCGCUGCUCAACAUGCUCACGGGCACUGCUGUGCCGCCCGCCGAUGCGGCGGGGCCACGUGGGCUCGUGAAGUACAUCCAGCAGCUGGACCGCAGUGGUGCGGCUGACCUGGUGCCGGACUUUGAGCCGCGCCUGCAAUGGCUCAACAGCGCCCCCCUCUCCUUCGAUCGGGAGCUGCGUGGCAAGGUGGUGGUGCUGGACUUCUGGACGUACUGCUGCAUCAACUGCAUGCACGUGCUGCCAGACCUCGCCGCCCUCGAGAAGAAAUACCAGGGCCAGCCGGUGGUGGUGGUGGGCGUGCACUCGGCCAAGUUUGACAAUGAGAAGGACCUGCAGGCCAUCCGUAAUGCCGUGCUCCGAUACGACAUCGCCCACCCGGUGGUGAACGACGGGGACAUGCUCAUGUGGAGGGCGCUGGGCGUGUCAUCAUGGCCCACACUGGCCCUCGUGGCGCCCACGGGUCGCCUCAUCGCCAUGGUACCAGGGGAGGGCAACCGCCAGCUGUUUGACGACCUCAUAGCGGCCUCCAUCGAGUACUACGGCGCCAAGGGCGCGCUCAGUGACGCGCCCAUCCCCCUGGCGCUGGAGCGCAGCCGGGACCAGCGCGUGGUGGCGUCGCCGCUGCGCUUCCCCGGCAAGCUGGCCUCGGACCUGGCCAACGGGCGCCUCUUCAUCUCCGACUCCAACCACCACCGCAUCGUGGUGACGGACCUGCAAGGGAGCUUCCUUGCGCAGAUAGGAGGGGCGGGCGAUGGGCUGGUGGAUGGGUCGUUUGAAACGGCUCAGUUCAACAGGCCGCAGGGCGUGGCGUAUGAUCCUUCUCGGAACCUUCUGUUUGUGGCGGACACAGAGAAUCAUGCCCUGCGGCAAGUGGACCUGGUGGGCGAGACAGUGACCACGGUGGCGGGGGAUGGGCGCAAGGGGCAGGACUACAAGGGCGGGGCCAGGGGCAGAGAGCAGCCAUUGAACUCGCCGUGGGACGUGGAGCUGACGGGGGACAGGGCGGCAGUGAUGGUGGCCAUGGCGGGCCAGCAUCAGAUCUGGCGAUUUGACAUUGACACCGGGCGAUGCGUGGUGUUCAGCGGGUCGGGCUACGAGAGGAACCAGAACGGCCGAAUGGGUUCUGACACAGCAUAUGCCCAGCCGUCGGGUCUGUCCCUGGCCCCAGGCGGCAGGGAGAUGUACGUGGCGGACAGUGAGAGCAGUGCGCUCAGAGCGCUCAACCUGCAGACAGGGGGCUCCAGACUCAUCGCCGGGGGCGAUGCCAACUUUGCUGAGAACCUCUUCAAGUUUGGUGACCGUGACGGCUCUGCAUCCAGAGCUCUCCUGCAGCAUCCACUUGGCACGCUCUCAUUGGACGAUGGCACGGUGCUUGUUGCUGACUCAUACAACCACAAGAUCAAGCUGGUGGAUCCGGCUCGUGGCUCCGUGGUCACACUGGCUGGCACCGGCUCAGCUGGUUUCAGAGACGGGCCGGGAUUACAGGCACAGCUCUCAGAGCUAGCAGGCCUGGCACAUGGUCCCGAUGGCACGGUGCUCAUAGCCGACACCAACAACAGCCUCAUUCGCUGCCUGCACCUCCCAUCCGCCUCCUCCCCCACCGCCCUGCUCUCCACGCUCGACCUCUCCUCCGUCCCCCCUCCUUCCGCCUCCUCCUCCUCAACUCAGCGGCGGCGCCUGAGGCGACGGCAGAGGGCGGACGAGCAGGUGGUGGAGGUGGCGCCAGUGGCAGCGGCCAGGGGCACGCUGCAGCUCGCACUCUCCAUCCCGACGGACUACCACUUCACUGCUGGCGCCACGAGCAAGUUCAGUGUGGAGCUGCCAGAAGCGGGGAGUGCAGUGACGGUCUCACCGCAGGCCGGUGACCUCACUCUAUCGGGCUCGCUCGCCCUCGCCUCACUGGACUUCACUCAGGAAGAUGCGGUUGACAGCGGCGGCAGCUCGGUGGUGCAGGUCCACUGCAAGGUGUACUACUGCCAGCAGGACGACCUGUGUCUGUACAAGGCUGUCAACUUCAAGAUUCCAUUCACUCCGUCUGCAGCAAGUGAAGCACAGGACGUGCAGCUGUCAUUUGACAUUACCCCUGCCCCUGCAGGGAAGGCUCUGCUGCCAACAGCAUGA